UAACUUUUCAUUUGAAAAGAAUCUUUAAUCUGUACACAGAUGACUUCCUUAUCCUGCGAUUUUUGAGAGUUUGCAAAUUUGAUCUUGAGAAAACCAAGAUCAGGAUUCGAAACCAUUACGAACAACGAUCCGACUUACCAGAAUGGUACAUGAAUAAGGAUCCAUUUCUUCCAGAACUGCAAGAGCUGCUUGAUAUGGGUUUGUAUUUGCCUCUGCGGAAUCCGGAUGAUCAAGGAAGAUUAGUUAUUAUUUUACGCCUUAUUUAUAAUCCGAGGAAACAUCAAGUUGCAGAUAUAGCUAAGGUUGGAAUGAUGGCGCUAGAAACGGCGAUAAAAUAUUAUCCCGCGGCAUCCAUACAUGGCUAUACAUUAUUUAUAGAUUUAGCUAAUGUGUCUAAAGGUCACAUUGCUCAAUACGGACCGUCCAUGUUAACGAAUUCGGUUCGUUUAUGGCAAAACUAUCCCAUGAGAAUAGAAUUAAUUAAUAUGUUUAACGCCCCCUCCAUCUUCGAAUUAACAGCAAAAAUCUUAAAAUCUUUCAUGACUGAGAAGUUGAAGAAGAGAUUCAAUGUCCACUCAAACAAUACGGUGCAUAACUGUUUGAAGGAUAUUCCAGCCAACAUCUUGCCCGUCGAAUGUGGCGGCACUGAUGGUACAAUCCAAGAAUUAACAGAAUACUGGAAGAAACUGAUCGAGGAGAAUCGCGACUCGCUUUUGAAUGAGGACGACAAAAUCGUUUCAAAACACUACAUGCAGAACCGUUUGAAGGAGGAAGCUAACAUCGAAUAUGACGGCACUGAUGGUACAAUUCAAGAAUUAACAGGACGCUGGAAGAAGCUGAUCGAAGACGAUCACGACAGUCUUGUGGUCGAGGAGAAUGACGAGGAAAUUAUUACAAAACUCUAGAAUCAACAAAAAGUACUUGCUUUUUUAACAUAUGUAUAAAUGUACUUAUGAUCGUUAUAUAGCUCGUAAGUUUUCUGUUUUGUGUUUUGAGAUAUAAAUAAAUGAGAUAAUCUUUUUUUUUCUCUUUCUGCGCAAAUAUAGA